GCCAAGGAUUGAAAAACAGAUGAACUCAAUAGACAGGAAGGAGAUUGGUGUGGGGGAUCAUUCUCCAGUAGUCCCACAAAUUCAUUCAGAAAUUGAAUUCCCUCCCUUGUCCAAGUAUGAUCUAAUAGAAGCCAAGAAGGCAGUACGUACCAACAUAGACCAAGAACAUCAUGAGAUGAAAAUGGCAGACAUGACAAAUAGUGGCUCCAUGAAAACCGGCCAAGAAGAAGAUUUUAAAAACAGCUCAACAGAUAAGCAGACAGAAAACGAUGUCAAUUCGUUUUGUGAAAAGCAACAAAAUCAACAAAAAUCUGACUCCCCGUCAAAGUUUCUCAUGGGAGUCGACCCGAGCAUCCUCUUGAUUAGACAGAAUUCCACAGACAAUGCUCAGGUAUCAGACCAAAACAUGGAGGCGUUUAACAGCAUGGACCCCAGCAUAUUACUGAUGGGCCCAGUCCUGGAAAGUGCACAGACAUCAGAAAGCACGAUGAACCGAGACGCCCUCGUUGUCUCGCAUCUCUGCAAAGAAAAGCAGAUUACAACCAGCCCCAUCAAAAAGGUAAGGAAGGGCAAGAAUCAAACUCAAGUAAUUGGUAAACCAACAUCUGAGCAACUUAAGACCAAUUGUGGCCAACAAAAGCCUAGGAUUGAAAAACAGCUGAAGGCGAGCUCAACAGACAGAAAGGAGGUUGGAGUAGUGGGUCAUUCUCAAGAUGUCCCAAAUAUUCAGUCAGAAACUGAAUUCCCUCCCUUGUCCAAAUAUGGUCCAUCAGAAGUACCUAAAGAAGUAACAAACAGCAAGAAACUGAAUGUGAAGAAUGGAAAACAAAAGGUGCAGAAAUCCUUGCCUCCAACACUUCCAACUCUGGCAACCACAGCUGAGACAGAUGACAAAGAUGAAAUUUCAGUUAUAGAAACGUUGGCCUUGAAAACACCCAAUUUUUGGGAAAAUGAGGUACAAAUGACACAGAAAGGGCAGACCUCUGUGCAAGAGACUGAAGCAAAGCAGUUACAUGAAGGUGCAGUCUUGUUGAGACAGGGAAAUGUAGCAAUUGCUGUGGUUCUGACUUCAAUGAAUUUUAAGUUGAGAAAGAUAGGUGAAGUUGGGAAGCUGAAAGAUUUACCUGCAGCCUCCUCUUUUUUUUAUAUAUCCACAGAUGUAUGA